AGAAGGAGGACGCGUGAGCCUCAGCGGCCCGGAACCGGCCUCGGAACAGUGGCGGACCCUAAAGCUGUUUGCCCUCCCGCCCCAUGGAGUGGCCCCCGGGGCUGCGGCCGGGCGCGGGCGGGCCCUGGGAGAUGCGGGAGCGGCUGGGCACCGGCGGCUUCGGGAACGUCUGCUUGUACCAGCAUCGGGAACUUGAUCUCAAAAUAGCAAUUAAAUCUUGUCGCCUAGAGCUUAGUACCAAAAACAGAGAACGGUGGUGCCAUGAAAUCCAGAUCAUGAAAAAGUUGAACCACGCCAAUGUUGUAAAGGCCUGUGAUGUUCCUGAGGAAUUGAAUUUUUUGAUUAAUGAUGUGCCUCUUUUAGCAAUGGAAUACUGUUCUGGAGGAGAUCUCCGGAAGCUGCUCAACAAACCAGAAAAUUGUUGUGGACUUAAAGAAAGCCAGAUACUUUCUUUACUGAGUGAUAUAGGGUCUGGAAUCCGUUAUUUGCAUGAAAACAAAAUUAUACAUCGUGAUCUAAAACCAGAAAACAUAGUUCUUCAAGAUGUUGGUGGAAAGAUUGUGCAUAAAAUAAUCGAUCUGGGCUAUGCCAAAGAUGUUGAUCAAGGAAGUCUGUGUACAUCGUUUGUGGGAACAUUGCAGUAUCUGGCCCCAGAGCUCUUUGAGAAUAAGCCUUACACAGCCACUGUUGACUACUGGAGCUUUGGGACCAUGGUGUUUGAAUGUAUUGCUGGAUAUAGGCCUUUUUUGCAUCACCUGCAGCCAUUUACCUGGCAUGAAAAGAUUAAGAAGAAGGAUCCAAAAUGUAUAUUUGCAUGUGAAGAGAUGACAGGAGAAGUUCGGUUUAGUAGCCAUUUACCUCAACCAAACAGCCUUUGUAGUUUAAUAGUAGAACCCAUGGAAAACUGGCUGCAAUUGAUGCUGAACUGGGAUCCUCAGCAGAGAGGAGGACCUACUGAUCUUACUUUGAAGCAGCCAAGAUGUUUUAUAUUAAUGGAUUACAUUUUGAAUUUGAAGAUAGUACACAUCCUAAAUAUGACUUCUGCAAAGAUAAUUUCUUUUUUGUUACCACCUGAUGAAAGUCUUCAUUCACUGCAGUCUCGUAUUGAGCGUGAAACUGGAAUAAAUACUGGUUCUCAAGAGCUUCUGUCAGAGAUGGGAAAUUCUCUGGAUCCUCGGAAACCAGCCUCUCAAUGUGUUCUAGACGGAGUCAGAGGCUGUGAUAGCUAUAUGGUUUAUUUGUUUGAUAAAAGUAAAACUGUAUAUGAAGGACCGUUUGCUUCCAGAAGUUUAUCUGACUGUGUAAAUUAUAUUGUACAGGACAGCAAAAUACAGCUUCCAAUUAUACAGCUGCGUAAAGUAUGGGCUGAAGCAGUGCACUAUGUGUCUGGGCUAAAAGAAGACUACAGCAGGCUCUUUCAGGGACAAAGAGCAGCGAUGUUAAGUCUUCUUAGAUAUAAUGCUAACUUGACAAAAAUGAAGAACACUUUGAUCUCAGCAUCUCAGCAACUGAAAGCUAAAUUGGAGUUUUUUCACAAAAGCAUUCAGCUUGAUUUGGAAAGAUAUAGUGAGCAGAUGACGUACGGGAUAUCCUCAGAAAAAAUGUUAAAAGCAUGGAAGGAAAUGGAAGAAAAGGCUAUCCACUAUGCUGAGGUGGGGAUCAUUGGAUACCUGGAGGAUCAGAUCAUGUCCCUGCACACUGAAAUCAUGGAGCUACAGAAGAGCCCCUAUGGAAGACGUCAGGGAGACUUGAUGGAAUCUCUGGAACAGCAUGCCAUUGAUCUAUAUAAGCAGUUAAAGCACAGACCUUCAGAUCACUCCUACAGCGACAGCACAGAAAUGGUGAAGAUCAUUGUGCAUACAGUGCAGAGUCAGGACCGGGUUCUCAAGGAGCUGUUUGGUCAUCUGAGCAAGUUGUUGGGCUGUAAGCAGAAGAUUAUUGAUCUACUGCCCAAGGUGGAAAUGGCCCUCAGUAACAUCAAAGAAGCUGACAAUACUGUCAUGUUUAUGCAAGGCAAGAGGCAGAAAGAAAUAUGGCAUCUCCUUAAAAUUGCCUGUACACAGAGUUCUGCCCGCUCCCUUGUAGGAUCCAGUUUAGAAGGUGCAGUAACCCCUCAGGCAUCGGCAUGGCUGCCCCCAACUUCAGUAGAACAUGAACAUACUCUGCCAUGCGUGGUAACUCCUCAAGAUGGGGAGACUUUAGCACAAAUGAUAGAAGAAAAUUUGAACUGUCUUGGCCAUUUAAGCACUAUUAUUCAUGAAGCAAAUGAGGAACAGGGCAGUAGUAUGAUGAAUCUUGAUUGGAGUUGGUUAACAGAAUGACUUGCCACUUUUUUACUGUCCCCAAGUUGAAGUUGUCACUGCAGAUGCUGGAAAUUCUUCUCCCAUGAAAUUAUUGUUCAGACAUCAGACAGUGGAAGAAAUGGCUAUGGUUAGAAACUACGCAUGAUUUUACAAGCACAAUAUUUUGACUUUGGAUAAAUUUACCCCUUGAACAGGUAGAAGUUUGUGUCAGUGGACUUGUUUAAGUACAUCAUUGCAAUCUGUUUGUCUUCAGACUUGCUACAACAUUAUUAAUUUAACUGACUAAAAAUAUCUUUUUUUAACAUUUAACUUGGGUAUAAGGACAAAACUAAUAUAUAUACAAAGAGUAAAAAAACCUAAACUAACGUGAUCUAAGUCAUCUGCCUGUGUUUCUGUGGAAGAGACUGCUCACAAGUAAAAUUGUACUUCUUAAAGAGUAAACCCUACCUCCUUGUAUUGCAUUCAACAGUGCUCUUCCUGGCCCACAAGGAAGGGAUUGUGCAUCUGUGCCUUUAUUAUCAGUUGGCUAACAAAUCUUAUGUGUGCUAUGUGUAUAUGUAUUUAAGAUGUACAUUUAAUAAUAUGAGAUGAUGCUUGUUAAUUUAUAAUGUAUUUGAAAGCUUAUCUGUUUUUUCAUUUGUAAAAAUGAAUAAUUUGUUUAAGGAGUCUUUCAUGUCUUGUCAUACAAAUUUAUAAAAGUCUACACUCCCUUAUCUGUAAUUCUAAAAUCCAAAAAGCUCUGAAAACAAGGUUUUUCAUAAGAUUGGUGACAAAACUCAUUUGCUUGCAAAUCUAACCUGAACUGAUACUCAAUCUACUUAUCCCAUUAGUGUGAAUAUUCAUUUAUUUUGCAGCAGAAAUAUUGUAUUUUAAUUUUUUUUGUCGGGUGGUUGUGCAGUGGAUGCUGGCGCAGGCACUGCUGGGGGUUUAUGUACUAUGGUAUAUGUGCUGAAUUACCUUUUUAAAAUCUGAAAAUUUUUUAAUUUGGAAACAUCUGGCCUUAAGGGUUCCAGAUAAAGGACUGUGGAUCUCUCAUCUUUUAAGUCAUUUAGAAGGUAUUGUUUUUAAAAAAUGUGAAAUGCUUUUGUAUUCUAGACAGUUUUUCACUUUGUGUAUUAAAUGAUUUUUAAGUUACUUUUUGAACCUCUAUUUAUUAAAAUCAGAUUAUAAUAGAAUAGUUGAAUAUGGUUUGGGAAAACGUGAAGGUUCCAUGAAGUGGAAUUGGAGCACAGAAUAAUAACAGGCUUUCACUGUACUUUCUUUAGGAAUUAAACAGGACUUACAGAAACGACAAUAUUAGGUAGCUUCUUUAAUAUAGUCUUUUCUCCUUAGAUUUCCUAUCACCACUAUCCAUAUCUAAAAACCAUGCUCAUAUCUUGACAUAUAAACUGAUGCCUUAGUCACACCAUCCCCAUUUUUUGCUAAUAAGCUUCAUUUUUCCCAGUCAUUGUAGUUUGAAACCUUGGGAUUCUCUUAACUUUUUAGUCACCUGAUACCACUGUUUCUCUAAAUAUGUAAAUUCUGUCAGCUGUUCUAUAGGCAGUCUUUCUCUUGCUUCUUUAGUUCUAGAAGAUUUUAAUAAGAAAUAUUUAUUGGGUACCUGUUGCUUGGAAGAUAAUUGAUCUAGAUGGCAAGAUCAGAAACAGGUAACAGGCAGUACAGUAAGAAUGCUUACUUGGGAGUCUGAACAUUGCAAGCCAUCCACGCAUUGAAAUUAUGGUUAAAGGUAUUUUUUAAAUGAUCGUGCAUUUUCUAAAUAUCCUUGUAAUAAACGAUAAAAUAUG